CCGUCUGUGCGCACCAACAUGCCGGCGCGCAAGAGAAAACGUGGAGGAGCCCCUUCUGAUACUCAAAAGCUGAAGAAAGUAAAAUCGGCAGAGACUGAAAGUCGGUCGCCGAUCGCGCAGGAGCAGCAUAAUGAAAUCUGCGUCCCAGCUCCAGUUUCAAGGGGGAAAUGGACGAACAAGGAGCGGGUUCUCAUUUUCUCCUCAAGAGGCAUCAACUUCAGAACAAGACAUUUGAUGCAAGACUUGAGGAAUAUGAUGCCUCACGCCAAAGCGGAUACAAAAAUGGACAGAAAGGAUAAACUGUUUGUCAUAAAUGAGGUGUGUGAAAUCAAGAACUGCAACAAGUGCAUAUUUUUUGAGGCAAAGAAAAAGAUGGAUCUGUACAUGUGGAUUUCAAACAGCCCUCAUGGACCGUCUGCAAAAUUUCUGGUUCAGAACAUCCAUACACUGGCUGAACUCAAAAUGACGGGCAACUGUCUUAAGGGAUCUCGGCCGCUGCUUUCCUUUGAUCCUACAUUUGACAAGGAGCCCCACUAUGCAUUACUGAAGGAGCUCUUCAUACAGACAUUUUCAACUCCACACUAUCACCCCAAAAGUCAACCAUUUGUGGAUCAUGUCUUCACCUUCACCAUCGCAGACAACCGGAUAUGGUUUAGAAACUAUCAGAUUAUUGAGGAAGAUGCCGCUCUUGUGGAGAUCGGACCUCGCUUUGUUCUCAACCUCAUCAAGAUCUUUCAGGGGAGCUUUGGAGGCCCUACAAUCUAUGAAAACCAACACUUUAAAUCCCCAAACAUGCAUCGACGACAGAUCCGGUUGGUUAAGGCGGCUAGGCUGCGUGAGAAACAAAUGGUGAAGGAGCUUCAGAAACACAAGAGGGCUGAAACAAAGGUGGAUCUGACUAAAGAUGUCACAGCUGACGUCUUCGUAACACCAGCUGAGGAGAAACCCAUCCAAAUUGAGACGGAGCCGCCCGAACCAAAAAUGGUAAAGAGGAACAAACACAAGGCCUUCAAACGACAAAGGAUGAAGAAGGCACACUAGGGACUGGCAGGACUGAAAGACAUUGAAUAACUGAAGAGGUUAUAAUAUGAUAGUAACUAAAGAAACUGCAGUGCUGACUGCAGUUUCUUGCAACAAGGAUGAAAUAGUCCAAAAGCUCAAAAUUAUUGUUAUUUGUCCGUAUUGCAGGCAGGGAUCUAGUCAAUUCAAAAGGUGUACUUUUUGUGGUGAGCAUGUUUUUGAGGGUAUUUUGACUGUUUUUGCUGCCGAACUCUUUGCAGUUUUGUGCACCAUAGAAAAGCAAUCAAAAGACUGCCUCAAAGCACAGUCAUGUUUGUGUACGUACAUCUAGUAAAACAGUUUCCUGCUGUGUAAAAACUUGGUUUAUAAUGUCUGAAUAUAUCUUCAGUUGGUUUAUCUUGGAUUAAGAGGUAAAAAAAUUAGAGAAAAUUAGCAUUAUUGAAUCAAAUCAUGUCUUAUAUCCACAAUUACAAUAACUUAAAAAAAAUUUCAACAUGGAAAAAAAAAAUCAAGUCCCAUUCUGUUGCUUUGUAGAUUGGAAGUUUGACUUUUUUAAUGUUUGUUAUUUUCACUAUUUUGGCACAAACCUCCUAUUUUUUGCCAAUGACUAAUAAAUUUUAUUG